AUGGGCACACACGUUCACGCGCACGCACACAUACACAGCCGCAUUGACACACUGACGUGUUUCCAGUUCGCAGAGGAAAGCCGCGCAGCACCCACCCUCAGCACUGUUGAUCCAACCGGUGGGUCGUUGACUUUUCACGCUGAGACGUGUUCACCGAGAGCUAAGACUAGGACGCGGCAGCCAGCCGUAUUGACCUUGGGAUAUCGACCCACGGGACCCCGAUCGCCGCGACGUCAAGGAAGUUGUUCGAAGGCGGCCAAGUGGCGUCCUUUCGGCACUAGACGAGCUGGGCGCAGACAAGUUAUCAUCUUCGGGUCCUGA